AUGUCUCCGUCCAGGAUGGAGAUAUUGCCGUGCCUCCAUCCACUUGGAUGGAGGCAAACUAUGCCUCCAUUACUUGGAUGGAGACAUGGUGCCUCCAUCCAUUGGAUGGAGGCACCAUGUCUCCAUCUACUUGGACUGAGGGAUGGAGGCACCCAUCCAUCCCUCCGUCCAAGUAGGCAUGGUGCCUCCAUCCACUUGGAUGGAGGGAAACUCAAUGCCUCCAUUCAGGAUAGAAACACGGGGGUGUCUCCAUCCUGGAUAGAGAUUUCCUUCUUGUCUUCUCUUUACCAAGGAUUACAAGAAACAACGUUCUCUUUAUCUUCUUCCUAUCUUGUUGGCUGCUGUGAUCGGGUUCUUUUCGAUUUGGGAGGGGGCGAAACCGAGAGGCUCUCGUCGAUGAACAUGUUCCGAACAUUGAUAAACCGGCGGGCGAGUAGGUCAAUUAAGACGUGGGGACUGGCGGAGGCACCAAAAUGGAUGGUAUGGCGGCGGAGCUUCAUCGACGGCCACUUGCUCACCAAAGAGCAGGUGUCCCGGCUCGAAUCCAGGAAUCUGAAACCAUAUAUUGUUCACGUUGCUCAACCUACCGGUUCCCCAGUCGAUGACGAUCUGCUUAGCUACUAUCACACAUUUUUGCCCAAAACCGCAGCAGGUGAGGAAUCUCGCAUGCUCUAUGCCUACAAUAUUGCGAUUACUGGUUUUGCUGCUUAUUUAUCACCUGAGGAAGUGAAGGCAAUGGAAAAGAUUCCUGGAUUCUACUUGGCUAGAGAGCCACGUGCAGUGACUUUUUUUGAAUUGGGUUCGAACCAAAAUAUGGGAUUCCAGAAAGGUAAAGGUUUGAUUUCGAAAGUCAAAGAAUGGACAUCAAUGAGUGAAUCAAUGAGGAAAGAAUGGUCGCAGAGCAAAACACAGGAGGCAAAUUUGGGUGAAGAAACCAACGGCAGCAACUGA